CGAACUUCGGGCGAACUCCCUUCCAUGGCCUCGAUGGCGUCACAAGGCCAUUCUGAGAGCCCAGGCAGCCCAAGCAGUCAGGGGACGCAAGGGCCGUUCUACACGUUGAAGGAGAUGCAAAGCUUUCUGGAUGGUCAGUUGACCAACGUCAUGACUUCGUUGUCUCUGGAAUUGAGCAACCUGGCCAGCAGCUUCGAGAAGGAUGUCCGUGCCGCCAUGCGGAAACAUCAGUCCAACCUGACCAAGAGAAAGGGGUCAAGUAUGUCAAGUGAGUCGUUGAGCACUGACUUGCGAGGGACAAGGGGUCCUCAGGGGACGGCUCUUGGCCCAGUUGUCCCGAGCCCUACAAAGCCUGAGACUGACUUCACCCAGGACUGGGGACCUCGCGGCAAUGAGGGCAAGACCGAUCACAGUGCAGGGGAGGAGACUGUAUUUGCCCUACCUACAGUUCUUGAGGACAUCGAGGUGAAUCCAGAUCCUUUCCCCUUCAUGCAUGAUAGCUUUGAAAAGAUGAAAUCAAUGGCCAGUAGAGACAGCCUCAGAGACAGCGGCAGCAAUCUCUUUACAAGCUCAGAGGCCGCGACUCCUUUUCAAAUUUCUCCAAUGUCUUCGGGCUUGAUAGAGAAUGGACCAAAUGGAGAGCAAGUUGGUGACAGAACCUCGAACAACACGACGAACCUUGCGAAAGUGCUGGCUGCUGGCAGGAAGUCGGCGAGGCAGAUCUCGCCGCCGGAAGAGACUACGGUUGAACUCAACGGGAGGCUCGAGACCAUCGUGGGUACAUUUGCAGAACACUCUUGGUUGGACUGCAUUAUGGGCUUUAUGGUCCUUCUGAAUUCUUUGACGAUGGCAAUGGAAUUGGAAUGUAUUGGCAACGAAUCCGCAGCAGCCGUUGAUGUGCAUGUGACAUGGGACUGCGCCCACAGUAGCGUCUUCCCGAUCCUCGAGCAUGUCUUCACUUGGAUUUUCGCCACUGAGUUGGCACUGCGUGCUUGGGCCACCAGGUGCAAAUACUUCCGGAACCUCUUCAACUUGGGAGACACUUUUCUUGUGAUCCUUCCGAUGAUUGACCUCUACGUGCUGGCCCCUUUGGCGGACUGGUCUGCCAAUGUCGAUAUUUUGCGGCUGCUCCGACUUGGCAAGUUGGCCCGAGCUGUGCGGUUGAUGAGAACUCUGAGGCUUUUCCGAGGCUUGCGGCUCUUGGUUCAAGCCUGCUCGUCAUUUCUUCCUUCUUUGGCAUGGUCUAUGGCUCUCCUUGGAAUUUGCAUGAUGAUGGGCAGCUUGGUGAUGGGUAACUUGCUGCAGGAGUACAUCACGGACUCUGAGGAGCCGAUGGAAGCGCGAGUUUGGGUGUGGACAUACUAUGGUACGGCGUACAGGGCAAUGUAUACCAUGUAUGAAAUUACUCUGGCCGGCAACUGGCCGACGCGGGCGCGUCCAAUACUCGAAUAUGUGGACCACAGGUUUGCGAUCUUCUACGUAAUUUACGUGACGUUUAUCGUUUUUGCCGUGAUCAGAAUCAUCACGGCUGUGUUCCUCAGGGAGACUUUAGAAGCAGCGAACAAUGACGCGGAGAUGAUGGUCCAAGAGCGGCUCUUGCAAAAUGCUCGCUAUGUCAAGAAAUUGGAAGGCAUUUUUGCAGCGAUGGAUGAAAGCGGCGAUGGCUUGCUCACCGAAGAUGAAAUGACGCAACUGCUGCUGAACCCGCGGGUACAAGCAUAUCUCCAGAGCAUGGAUUUGGAUGUUGCGGAGGGCCAAGCACUCUUCCAACUACUCCAAAACGGUGAAGGGAUGGUCACCUAUGAAGACUUCAUUGAUGGCGUUCUUCGCUGUAAAGGCCCUGCACGAGCCAUUGAUCAGAUUUGUUUGCAAUGCGAUGUCAAGAACGUGGCAGACUCCCUGAAGUCAUUGGUGUCAUCCUUGGAGGAGAACAAGGUCAUCCGGGGAAAGCGUCGCCAAGGGAGAAGGAGGAGGGUCCACAAAGAGGACCUACUGUUGCUUGCUUCAUCCCGUCCUAACAAAGGCAUGAGCCGCCAGACCAGUCCGCAGUGAGCACAAGCGGAGACUUCUUGAAAGCCCAAGCUGUUGAAUGAUGUCCUGUGAUAUGCC